AUGGCUUUGCCCCCAAAAUGGUAUCAGUUUCUCGUGUGUGUGUUCGCGUCGUUGGGAUCUGUACUUUACGGCUAUGAUUUAGGUGUCAUUGCUGAAGCCAUUGCGAGCCCAUCAUUGAUCAAUGCAUUCAACGCCGAUGCCACUCAGCGAGGAGCCGUAACAUCGGUCUUCACAGGUGGUGCCUUUUUUGGUGCCUUUUUUGCUGGUCCAAUGGGUGAUAAUUACGGUCGAAAGAUAACAAUCCUUGUCGGCGCAGUCGUUUUUUUGCUAGGAGGCUGUCUGCAAACCGCUGCUCAGAGCCUUUCGUAUCUGUAUGCGGGUAGAGCCAUCGCUGGCCUUGGAGUUGGUAUUUUGGUCAUGAUUGUUCCUAUCUACCAAGCUGAAAUAGCACAUCCUGACAUUCGCGGCCGGAUUACAUCACUGCAACAAUUAAUGUUAGGAGUUGGGUCUCUCGUUGCCGCCUGGAUUUCAUGGGGAACUUUUAUCAACUUUGCUGACGAUGACUCCCGACAAUGGCGCAUCUCACUCGGGAUUCAGAUGGUGCCAGCAGUAUUUCUGGCUGGAUUAAUUCUGUUCUUCCCCGAAUCACCACGUUGGUUAAUCGACCAUGGGAAAGUAGAUGAAGGCCUCCAGACUCUUGCUCAACUACAUUCGCGCGGUGACAUCAAUGACAGCUGGGUCCAAAUCGAAUUUGAACAGAUCCGCUCUUCCAUAGAACAUGAGCAUGAAGCAGAGGCCAAGUCUUACAUGGAACUUUUCACAGAUCGGUCUUGUCUUCGUAGAUUAUUCUUAGCUUGUUCCAUACAAGCAGCUUGUCAAAUGACCGGAGUCAGCGCUAUCCAGUAUUUCAGUACAACUAUAUUCCAGCAGAUCGGCAUUGCAGCGAACGAUACACUGAAGUACCAGGGAAUCAAUUCAAUAAUUGCCAUUGUCGCCCAACUGUGCUGUCUUUUGUUCAUUGACAAAACUGGUAGAAGAUGGCCUCAGAUCAUUGGCAAUUUGGUCAACUGUGUUUUCUUCAUUAUACCGACAAUUCUCAUCGCAAAAUUUCCCCCUGGGGCAUCAAACAAUCACUCAGCUAGUUGGGCAUUCAUUGUCAUGACAUGGUGCUACAACUUUUCUUUUAGCUGUACCAUUGGCCCCUUGACCUGGAUCAUCUGCUCUGAGAUCUUCGACAUGAAGACACGAUCCAAAGGCGUAUCUAUUGCCACCAUGAUGUCAUUUGCCUUCAAUACAAUGAUCGGUCAAGUCACUAGCGUGGCGAUUGAACGCAUCGGAGGAUGGAAAUUCUAUGUGCUCUUUUGCGUGUGCAACUUUACAAACGCCAUUUUCUUCUGGUUGGUACUGCCCGAAACGGCUCGACGACCACUGGAAGAAAUGAAUCAUCUUUUUACGCAUGAGCCAUGGAUUGUACCGGGAACCCAAACCAAACAAUUUAAGAACAGGUCGACCAUUUCUGAGAAGUUGGACAUUGAUCAUGUCAGUAUCACUGCGGAAUAG